AUGCGAUUCCGAGAAAAGCUUAUGAUGAGCGCCAGUAUGGCAGAACUACCUGAAGAAGAGGUUGCACCUUUUGCUACGUGCAGUGAAACACUCGAAGAGACUAAAACUCCUGUCGAUGAUGCUGAAGCAUCUAGCCGAAGAAGUAGCCUCGUGUGGCUACGAUCCAAAUCAAGGAUAUUUGGUUCCAGAAAACGUGGCGAUGUUACUACUACACCGCUUUGUACCAGUACAAUAGCUACAAGUGAAGAUGGAACACCUUCGGGCACCAGAAGUUUGCGUCGAUCGUCGAUCAGCUCGUCGAGCAUUCAAAAGAAAGUUUCAUCUGCACUGAGGAAAGGACUGGGCUUGCGCGGCUCGAACAGCAAUCUGGAAACGGCGGAUCUCCUUGGAAGGACUCCUGGUGGUAUUAUCAAGCGAUCUUCUACCUCAUCAAAGGACAGGAAGCGGUCGUCGGCUGCGUUCGCCAGACGGUGUAGUGAUGUCUCGAGUGUAUUGCAACAGCAGGUGCGCUUUGAUCAGAAAAAGGAGGCCGAUGAAGCAAAGUUAUAUAUGGAGAAAAUUCUCAUAUCCAAGGAACCAGUACGACAAAUACUUCACCGAGAUGGAUAUGACGCGAUCGUUGUGGAUGUGUCUUCAUCAGGCCAACCCCUUUCUAGCACUGCAGCGGAAGUACUAAAAGAUUACGGCGUCGAAUUGCAUAGGAGCGGGGCUUUCAAAUCGUAUAAAAAUGGCAUUUUGACGACUCCUGAAGAUAAACCAGAUAUUAUUUAUAUUAUAAGUGAAAAAGAUGACACAGCAGACAAGCGUGUAAGAAUCGGAGUAGCAACAGGAAUGCGAGAAGCAUUUGAAAGUAAUCGUCUGAAGAAAGUGGUACUGUACCCAUUCUGUACGUCCGAUGAUGCGACCGUAGCAGAUUUUCUCAUCCAGCAGUUCCUUUUGACAUCGUAUAAAGCUUUAACAUGGAAUCCUAAUGCGAAAUCUUUUGAUGGUACUGUAACGCUGGCGGGAGUAACGAAAGAGAACUGUAAACAGAUGCAGCGUCUCUACGAAAAUCUACUGAAUAUGGAAAUUAGACCCAAGAUCGCAGCUUAUGAAGCGUUGCAAGCGUCAAGAUCGCUGGUCACUCCAUUGAAUGUCAGGCCUCCGGAAAAGGAGUAUGAGCCCUGA